AUGGAGCCUUGCAACCAAAAUGUGAGGCCAGUCUCAUCAGUCCCCUGUCCAGAUUCCCCAGCCUGGAACAAAGAUGCCCCCAGCCCAUCUCCUCGGCCCGCCCCGGGGACCUGGAGACUCGAGGUAAGUGCAGCUGCUGAGCCUGGGGUGGAGGGAGGUGGGCCACAGUGGCUACCACUGGUCCUGCCCCUCUUCUGUCCCUUCUGGAAAGCCCAGGAGGAGGAGGAAGAUGAGGAAGAUAAAUAUGAGCUGCCACCCUGUGAGGCUCUGCCCUUCGGUCUUGCCCCAGCCCACCUUCCUGACACCGAGGAAGAGGACUCUUUGUACUUAGGUAAGGGCUGGGGAGCUGAGGCAGGGAGUUGGGUGGUCAGGCAGGACAGAGGAGCUCAGGGUGGCUUUCUCCUGGGGCUUAACGCUGGCUCGGAGGAUGCCCUCAGAGAGGAUCAGAGGACACUCCACUCCUCCAGCCUACGUCUUACUGAAUUCCUUUCUCCCUGCGCUUCUGCCUGGUGGUUUCUCCUUUUCCUUCCAGAGCUGGCUACACCGGCCAGAGUGGUGCCAGGCCUUCCAAAGAAAUCUGAAGAGAACCUCUACCUGGAGUGUGAGCCCAGUCCAGUCCUGGCCUUGACUCAGAUUCUGAGCUCCCAAGUCCUGACGCCCCCAAUCUCUCUGCCAAGGGUAUCAUUGGUGCCCAGGCCCACAGUAACCCCCCAGGAAGCUCGGAAUGGAGCAGCGAAUGCCACCCCUAAAGCAGGAAGGAGAUCCUCUCUUUCCUCUAGAGCACCCACCUGGAGCACCUCAGCGGCUGAGGACGGCAGCCUGCUGGGUCAGCCCUGGUACUCAGGAAACUGUGACCGCCAUGCCGUUGAGAGUGCCCUGCUCCGAUUCCAAAAGGAUGGGGCCUACACUGUGCGCCCCAGCUCAGAGCCUCAUGGUUCCCAGCCCCUCACCCUGGCGGUGCUUCUCCAUGGCCGGGUCUUCAACAUUCCCAUCCGGCGGCUGGAUGGUGGGAGCCACUAUGCCCUGGGCCGGGAGGGCAGGAACCACGAGGAGCUGUUCCCCUCCGUGGAGGCCAUGGUCCAGCACUACACACAGCAGCCCCUGCCCCUUGUCGACAGACACAGCCACCGCCGUCAGCUCACCUGCCUGCUCUUCCCCACCAAGUCCUGACGCCCCAGCGCACCGCACGCACCCACCUCGGGCCCGUAGUUUGCUCUCUGCCCUGGCCACCUUGGGCUGUCUCCCUCUCACCUCUCCCAGGUCUCCACCCCUCCAGGCCCUCCUCUUCCCUUGCCCCAGUCCCUGCAGGCCUGGAGGAGAGGCUUCGGGGAAAGGUUGCCCAGAAGCAGAAAGAACCCUGAGACCCCACCCCAUGUUCACCGGGAGCUCAGCACCGCCCCUCCCUGCUGCAUCGCCAAGGCAGGGAAGCAGGGUUCAGGCAGGGCCCCCAUUCCCAGGCCCCGGGCAUGGCGGUGUCUGCCCUGUUUACUAGGGCCUCCCAAGCUGUUCUGGAUAAAGGCCUCCUCAGGGAAGCUGAGCCUCCGGAGGCCCGCGGGGGGUGGGCACUGCUUGGACAAAAAGAGAAUCCUUUCACAUUCUCUUGGGGGCUUAGCACAGGGCUGGCAGCUUUGGUCGCACUGUACAUAGUCCGCUUUCAAUAAAUAUUUGUUGACUUAAUUCUUGAAUCUGCUGAGCGAGGCAGAGGUGGCCUCCAUUAUACUCCAAGGUCCUUAAGUGUCCCAGGGUACCGACUGGGUCUGGGAGUGAUGGAGCAGUGGUGGCCAGGCCAGGGCAGGAAGGGCCAGCCCCAUUUCUGUCCCUGAGUGGGUCUUUUGCCCUCAGACUUUCGGUGGAGGCCAGACUGGGGUGGCUGGUUUUUGUUUGACUUUGUUUGCGGGAGUCAGAGUGGGGGAAGGGUGGGAAAGGCUUGGUCCUGUCUCUGCCGCCCCACAAAAUGGUAGGAACCGACUUAAUUACUUGUCCCCCACCUACUUGCCGUAUAGUGCUGCCCCAGGGAGGGGUGAGCCUGAUUUUGCUCACUUGGUGUUGUCUCGAGUAGGCGGGACAGGCGGACCCCAGGAAGCAACGGGGUAUUGGACGCGCCAGUCCUAAGAUCAAAAGCUAUGGAAGGCCCAAGGGUGGAGCUCAGAGAAGACAAGCGGCCCGGGAGCGGAGGUGCCCGCGCGGCGCGGCGGGGAAGGUCCAGCCGCGCCUCGGGGAGCCUGGGGGGUCCGAGACCGGCGGGCGGGCGCGCGGGGGCGGGGGCGCCCCCGAGCCCUGGCGCAGCGCCCGGAACACCCCGUGCCGGAAGCGCCAUGUGACCGUGACUGCGCAGAAGCCGCGAGCGCCGCCAAACAAAGGGCGGUUCUGCGGCCGCCUGGCGCUCAGGCUGGCACGGAGGGGCCGGACCCCCUGCCCCCCGCCGGGCCCCCGGCCCCGCCUCCCGCCGGACCCCGGGCGCUGGCCGGCGGGCGGCUGGGGAUCGGCCGGGGCGGAGGCCGGGGCGGGAGCGCGGGGAGAGGGGCGAGGGGCCCGCGGGCACCGUGCGAUGCAAGUGCGAUGCGGGGCCAGGCUGGGCGGUGGGGCGUUGGCGGGCGGCCCCCGCGCGGCCGCCUCUGGCGGAGCCCCCUCUCCUUAACUUCUGUAAUAGAGGCCCCUACGCAAUUAUCCUAGGGGAGGAGGCUUAAGUGAGGCGUGCUCUGGAAAGCGGUGAGGACAGUGCAGGGCCUGAUGGGCCUGUCUCCCAGAUAAGCACGCACGGGAAUUCGGGUCAAUGACUGUCACUUUCAGGUCCCACUGUACUUUCCGGCCAGGCCACCGGGAAGAGGAGCAGCAUGGGGCCGGUGGCACAGGGCCAGGUGAGGGUGGGCGCAGCUGUGUGAUCUGGAGGGGAUUAGCAGCCGGGGGCUCUCGCAGAAGCAGGCGGAUAGGAGACCCCAGGCCAGCCUCCCUGGGCUCUAGAGCCGGUCCUGGCUCCCUCUAGGCCCUACGUGGGAGUGGCCCGUCUCCUCUACACUUUCCCCAGCCUGACCCAGGCGGGAACUUAGGGACUGGAGAAGGUGGAGAGCCCAACCUUGUGUUGGCCUCAGGGUACAAUCAGACUCUCCCAUCUCCCACCAGAUUUUCAGCUUUCACUUCUCGAGGAGCCCUCUACCCCAGGGCCCGCUUUUCCUAGCCCUGAAUUUGCCUAGCCCCAAAGCCAGCUAGCCUCGGGGGAGGGGUGGGGAGAGCAGAGGCCACAGCACAGAGCUCUUGGGUUGGUGGCCUAACACUCUCUGCUUGGUCCCAGCUGGAGAACUAACUUUAAGGAACUAGGCUCCGUCCUUCUCUCCCUGGGGAAAAAGAGAGGAGGAGCAGUCUAGGCAGUGGGAACAGCCUGUGAUAAGGGCCACUGAGGGCCAAAAAGAGCUUGGUCUAGAGAGCCACUCAGUUUAGCUAGUACCUCCUCAGCUUACAGGUCGCGCUUAGAUGUCCUCUGUUCCAGGAAGCCUUCCCAGAUCCCCAAACCUGGGCUCAGGCACUUAGGACACCUUCUAGCAAUUGCCUUUUCACUCCUAGAAAAGGACCAAGCUCCCACUGCCCACUAUUGUGUAUUCAGGACCUGGAAUACAGUAGGCGCCAAAUAUUUGUUGAAAGAGUCACUGAAUAAAAAAAAUAAAGAAAGAAAAAAAGUCACUGAAUAGGUCAGAUCUACCCUGGAUUCCUCUAAAGCUGUUAACAUUCCUUGAUCAGAGCUUCCUUUGUAAGAGAAAAGCUCAAGAGAACUUUCUGUGAUGAUAGGAACGUUCUAUAUCUGCAUUGUCCAGUACAGUAGCCACGAGCACAAGAGGUUAUUGAGCAUUUGAGAUGUGACUAGUGUGACGGAGGAAUUGAAUUUUUAACUAUAAUUGAAUUAAUUUUAAUUAAUUUAAAUUUAAAUAGCCACAUAUGGUUCCUUGCUAUCCUAUUGUUCCAAGUCUUUUGCAUUCCCAAGUGCGAGGGGCAGUGGUAAAAGAGAAAGCUGGAGAAGGUGGGAGGGAGGGCU